CAGACGAGAAGUGAGAACCAAGAAGAAAAAUAAGAAAACGAAGAAGACGAGAAGAAAACGUUAGCUAUGGAAUUACCAAGAGACAAUGAGAAUUUUACUUUGGACUCAUUGUUACAUGAAUUAGAGUUUGAAAACAAAACUUUGAUCAAAAUGAUUGAAAAGGAAAACCAGAUGAUAGAAGCCUUGCAAGCCAAGAUUCACAUAACAAAAAGUGAAACAAAUCAACUUGCUCAAGAAAUCCCUCAGUUAGAAGGGAAAAUUCAACAUCUGGAGAAUCAACACAAAAAUAUCAAAGACAAUAUUGAAAGUCAGAAAAAGACCAAAAAUCUUCUUGCUGAUCAUGAACUGGCACUCACCAAACAGAUAGAGGCAAUGAAAAAAUCUAAUGAGGACAAAUGUAACUUCUAUAAAGAUCAAAUUUCUAACUAUACAAAGAUCAGAGAUGAGUUCAUGGCGAAGUAUAACUCCCUGUCUUUAGUACAACAGUUAAAUGCUGAGAAAUUGAAGUUAUCUGAAGCUCAAGUGAAAGCAAAGGAAAUUCAUGAUAAGAAGGAAGAAAUACAGAGACAGAUUCAAGAAAAAGAAGAAUAUUUAAAUAGUCACAAAUUGGAAAACGUUAUAGUUGAAAUAGCUAAAACCAAACUAGAAACACUUAGAAUAUUAGAAGAAGUCUCACUCCUCCAGGCAGAGAAGAACAUUUCAGAACAGUGUAGUCCGACUGAUAGAAUUAACUUUAAAGAUGAAAAGAAAAAAAGAAAUGAUGAGGAUGAUCAUGAAUCAAGGAUGGACAUUGAUACACAUGAUAACAUAGAAAGUAACUUCAGUUUGAAUAAUUUGACUUUGAAAGGUAGUGCUGAUUAUCACUCUCAAGAGACACCAACUCAGAAGUCUUCAAAUGGCAGUAUCUCUUCUACAGAUAAUAAUGUUGACCAUGAUACCACAGCAAUAAAUGAAAAUAGUAAUCUGAGUCUGAGAGAAACAGAAAGUCAUCUUACUGGUUCACUAACACAAUUGACUACAAUGACUAUUAAUGUCUUAACAGAAGCAAAGAAACCCUCCAUUGGUGAUCCUACUCCAAACACUGAAGCAACAACAUUAUCAACCAGCGCCAAACCUUUUCUGUGUGUGCCUUCAUUUACUUUACCCCCCUUGCCUAAACUGUCAACGCCAGGAAUAUUCUCCUUGCCUCGGUUUAUGAUGUCAUCACAGCAACAAAGUCAAGUGAUAACAAAUUCUAUGCAGGAUAAGUCAUAUAACAAGUCUCAACUCACAAGUCAUCUAUCACUAACACCUGGCAGAUUUUUUUUUGAUAAAGCACCAUCAGCAACUGUUGAUCAAAGUGUAACACAGCCAGAAAACCUGCAACCAAAAUUACUGCAAGCUUAUGCAUCACCUACACACUGGAUUGAAGCUGGAAAUAAAUCACAACAAUUGUCAAAGGAACAGCCAGUAACAAAUGAGUCUCAGAAUUUUUCUGGGUCUUUAAAAUCAUUGAUACAAAAAGAAAAUGUGUUCAGAGAUGAAAAGAAAAGUACAACUUUUGAAUUUCAAAUACCUUCGCAGGGGCUGAAUAAAAAUUCACUUACAAAUCAAACUUUUCAUGCUAGAGAUUUUCAGUUUCAAAUACCUGUAUCAACAAGAAGUGAUGUUAAAAGUGUAACAGAUUUUCAGUUUCAAAUACCUGUAUCAACAAGAAGUGAUGUUAAAAGUGUAACAGAUUUUCAGUUUCAAAUACCUGUAUCAACAAGAAGUGAUGUUAAAAGUGUAACAGAUUGUCAGUUUCAAGUACCUGUAUCAACAAGAAGUGAUGUUAAAAGUGUAACAGAUAUUCAGUUUCAGUUACCUGUAUCAACAAGAAGUGAUGUUAAAAGUGUAACAGAUUGUCAGUUUCAGUUACCUGUAUCAACAAGAAGUGAUGUUAAAAGUGUAACAGACUUUCAAUUCAAACAGUUGUCAACUUCAUUGAUGGAGAAAGAACAUUCCAACAGAAACAUUGCAGAUUUUUCAUUCCAGAAAACUUCAACAUCUCUGAAUCCAAAUGUACUUGGAAAUCUUACAGCUUCAAAAUUCCAAAUGCCUUCAACAGUAACCAGUAGUUUUGAAUCUCGUGCUGAAUCCGACAAUGCAAAGUCAGAAAAUAUGAAAAGGGAUCUAUAUCCUCCUAGAUUUUCAACACCACAAAGAUUUUCUUUCAUUGGAAAGCCUCCUCAGAAAUCUGAAAAUGAAAAUUCAUCAGACAUUAGAAAUACUCCAAUGACACAGGUUGAAAUAGAUACAAUGAAUGCUCAAGAAUCGACGCAGAGCUCAAUCUUUCAGUCUACGUUUUCAAACUAUUCCAAUCCAACUGUAACUUCAGAACCAGCAGCAUUGAAUAUACAGAGAAAAAAUGUACCUCCACAGCUAACUAUUGAACCUAUUAAAUCAGUGCCAAUUAAAAGUUCAAGCAGCUCUUUGUUCAGCACUACUGAGUUUCCCAUGAAAGAGAUGAGUAACAUCGCAGAAACUGCCAGGAAAGAAAUUUCUCCAAAGAAAAGUAAUGAUUGUAGGACUAAAUUAAACUUUGACUUGCAAACUACAACUGAGACUGAAGUAGACCUUCCAGAUUUCACACUUAAUUUUAUGACUUACAAAAGUUCCUCCCCAAAAUCUUCCAAUGGGUCUGGACUAUUCGGUGGAAUUCAAACUAUUUUCGACAACUCUGACACAGAGGAAGAUCCUCCAUUUUUUAGUUCCAAUUCUGGUUUGCAUGAGACCUAUGGGAAAUUAGACUGGGGUAAUUUUGAAGAUGUUGAGAGUCCUCCUAAUGGCCCAAGUUUGUUUGAUUAACUGAAGUGUGGAUAGCCAUUUUCUACUGUUAUAUUAGUUGUUUUAUGAUACAUGAUUCAUUUUUUUCUUGUAUUUUGUUAAUCUAAGAAUGAUUUUUGUUUUAAGUUAAAAGUCAAUGUCACUACUUUAGAAUAAGAUUAUUGAGUUGACAUUAAAAUGUAAUAUUAAUAAUUAUUUCAACCAUUUAAGCCAUAUUAACUCCAUCUUUGACACCUCCAAAGAAUAACCCAACAUAUUAAUUUUAGUCUUAUAAUAAUCUAUUUAAAAAAAACACCAUUAUUCUGAAAGAAAUAAUUAAAACUUUUUUUUUUAAAAGUACAAUAAGAAAUAACAAAUUCAUAACAUUUUUCAUAAUAAAAAAUAGGCAACCAAAACAGUAAAACUUAUAAUGGAAUGCCUUAUGUUUUAACAUACAAAAAUAUCUGCCAUGUCAUUCUUUUCAAUCUGUAAAAAGGUUCUCCUAUAAAAGUUUUCAAAAGUUUUUUUGUUGUUUUUUUUUCAAAUAUUAUCAAUAUGACUGAUAUGGCUUGGCAGAAUUUAAGUCAUUGGUUAACAUGCAUGAAUAAAUGCAUGAUGCGUAGGAUGUAAUCAUCUUCUUUUUUGAAGUAAAGUCUGUAUUAUAUAAGAUAUUAUUUUAUUAAAUGAAAGUCUUAAAAGAAAAAAAUCUUUGUUGUUCUAGAUCAGUGAUGCCCAACCUAAUUCGACCUGCGGACCAUUUCAAUUUCCAACACUCGUCUCGCGGGCCACAUGACCGAAAAGUUACAAAAACUAAAUGAAAUUGUUCUGAAACUAUUUUACCAAAACCCUUUUGAUGUAGUGCUACAUUCAUCAUUUCAUGUGAUAUUUGACGAUUAUAUUUUUAGGCGUCAGAAAAUAACUUCAUUUGUCUACUUAAAAUGUUAGCAACAGUGUAGGUCUCUAUUUGGUUAAUAUUCACAUCGAUCCUCAAAUCUCUAGUUGUAGUUAAACAAUAUUUUAUUCGUGGUUGAAACUCAUAAUUAUUUUAUAAUGCAGAUAUAUAUGUUUUUUUAAACAGCCACACAUUCUUUAUAAAGAACAAAGAUGUAGGCUUAUUAUCAUGUUCCACAAACUAGUAAAGAUCCGCCCACUGGUCCUUGUAGAUUCUACAUUCAGUCUCUGUUCUUAAAGGCACAAAUGUUAAAGGUCAUGGUAUCAAUACAUCAGAGAAAAUAUGAGAGUCCUAAGUAGGUAAUGAUACAUUUUUCAACCUUUUUUUUCGGAGGGGAUUUUCUCCACUUUGUGUCAACAUUUCGGCAGGCCAGAUAAAGGCCUAACCACGUCCGGCCCCCGGGCGGCAUUUUGGGCAUCACUUCUAGAUUAAACCAGCACAGUAUGUGACAAAUCUAUUUCUAUAAUAAUGCAUAUUAAAUUUAAAUUGUUUUCAAUCUAUAUGGAUUGGCUGAGUGAUGCAAAUAAAACACACUUGUACUACCUAAUUAUAAUUCAUCCAUGCCCUAACUAUGGUCUGUUGGUCAGAUCUGGCUCUUCAAAACAUCUACCCACAGUGCAUAAUGCAGCUCUAGAGGCUCUACAACAUUGAAUUCUAUGAACUUUUUUUUUUUGGGUUGGGGGGGUGGGGGAGCGGUAUUGUAAUUGCACUGUUUUUUGGAAGGUGUUAAUUGCACAUUAUUUUAGAUGUUCAUUGCACUUUGUUGUUACUGUUGUUUAUAAAAGUUUAAGAAUUGUUUGUUUAAAAAACAAAUUCAUGGUAGAGUUUGAUUGUUUCUUUAUCAGUGUUCUGUUUCGACCCUAGUUCAUACUUGAAACGGAAGAGUUCAUUUGUAAUGACACUUUUAUCAUGAAGAAAGACAAGCUGUUGGAUUUGUAUCAAGGACUGAAGUUAAUAUUAUUCAUUAAAACUGUACAUUUUUUUGUUGUUUGUUUAAUUGGAUUAGGCUAGAAACUUUAAAAUCUUUUAUACACAUAAGUCUUUAAUCCUAGCCCAAAGUGGAGUUCGAAGAUGGCAUGCAACUCAAAAACUAGACCAAAAAAAUGCAAGGUUUUGGCAGCUUAUAUAUAGUCAUAAAUUGACAGGUUUAAUUCUGUCAAGAUGUAUUAAGAUAGUAUGUAA